AGUUAGCACCUCUGGAAUACUACUACCUACAUACUUAUAUAACUCACUUAUUUACUAUGCGUUUAGUAAUUUCUUGGAAUACAACGCUCUCUAUCGGAGAAAUAUUAAAGCGCGUUUUACACCGUUGACGUAUCCUUCCAGAAUGAGAUUUAAUUUUGUCUUGGGCAUACGUGUGUGACGUAACAAUCUGGUGCAGUUUGCCUAGUGGCCAUUUUGUUUUCAAUCGCUCGACUGAUUAAGGAAUUCACUUAGAUACAAAUUUGAAGUACCUCUUUCAUUUUGGGUGUCCAUCUGUCCAUUCAGCCUGGUGAGAGAGGCACUCAAGCGCAACAAUGGAUUCAAAACGGCAUGAACGUGGCUCCAAGUCCAAUACAGACUCACCACCUGCUCCACCUUCGCCUCCUAUGUAUAGCGCAUCUUAUACAGCAUACGAUGGCUACAAAAACAGAAUGUCGUCGCGUCGUUCACCAUCACCUUUGGAUUAUAGAAGCAGUAGAACUUCCAGAAAUGACUCGCCACAGGACAGACGUAGAAGAAGACGCAGUGGUUCAAAAUCUCCCCCGAGUCGAUCCCAUAGACGAUCUCGGUCAUCGGACAAGGACAAGGAUCGAGACAGGGACAGGGAUCGAUCACGAAAAUAUUCUAGAAGAGAUAGAUCCAGAUCUAGAUCAAGAGGUAGGUCAAGAUCUAGAGACAGAAGGCGCAGCCGUAGCCGUAAUAGAAGCAGAGACAGACAUAGAGGCAGGGAAAGCCGUAGAUACCACAGAGCACAGUCAUAUGAAUCGGAUACACCUGAAGAUAAUAUCGACACAACUGUGCAGCAGCCAAUUGCUCCUCUACAAUCUAAUGCUUUUAAAAAUGAUGGUAGCUUUAUGGAAAUGUUUAAAAAGAUGCAGGAACAAAUGCAACCAACGCAGAAACCGACGACUUCUGUUUUAGAAGAAAAAAGUGUAGUUCCCCCACCAUUAAUGGUAGGAAAGAGGCGAGGAGGGAGGAUUUUAAAAACUGGAAUGGUUGCUAAACCAAAGACUGAACAAACUGUUGAACAGCCCAAGGAUGCUUGGUCGCUGUACAUGGCUGAAGUGAAAAAGUAUAGAGAAGUUUGUUGUCAAGAAGAAGACAACACUAGACCACUGGUCAAAUAGCUGAAUUCGACUUUACAUUUCAUACUUUGUUAUUCUGUUUCAACUGUAAUGAAUGUGCUUUCAAAAGAUGCUCUAUUCCUUAUGACAUUUUCAUGAUUGUGUUUAAAUGUAACAGGAUGGUUAUUUACAAGGUUUAAAAACUUUGCUUGUGCUCAAAAUAUUUUAAAUUUUGAUAAACUUUGAAUUUUGAAUACUGUGUUCCAUUAUUUGGACAAGAAAACAUACAACUGAAAAGUGUAAAUGCAAUAAAUCCAUAUUCUUUUUCAACUAUGAUAUAAAAUGUACAAAUAUUUUAGUCAGUCGUUAUAAAUGCAUUUUAUCAAAUUAUAAAAUAACUGAACAUAAGUACCAUUGUUAAGCAUUAUGAAAUUGGGAAACACCUGUAGCGAAGAAACAACUAUUAUUUGUGAUAGUGUUAAGUGGUGCAAGAGACAAAUGGACUACAGCGAGAGACACAUAUAGAGAGUUUGCCUUUGGGGACAAAAGGGAGGGUAUAAUAUGUAUUCUCGUUCAAUAAAUAUAGUAGAUUAAGUAACUUGUAACUU